CGGGUACGGGCGGUACCGGGCCGUGAUCUUCGGAGCCAUGUUCGUCGGGUACACGCUGUACUACUUCAACCGCAAAACCUUCUCGUUCGUCAUGCCCGCCGUCAUGGCCGAGGUGCCGCUGGGGAAGGACGACCUGGGUCUCAUCACCAGCAGCCAGUCCGCAGCCUACGCCAUCAGCAAGUUCGUCAGCGGCGUCCUCUCCGACCAGAUGAGCGCCCGCUGGCUCUUCUCCUCCGGCCUGCUGAUGGUGGGCUUGGUCAACGUGGUCUUCUCCUGGAGCUCCACCGUCACGGCCUUUGCUGGGCUCUGGUUCCUCAACGGCUUGGCCCAGGGACUGGGCUGGCCACCCUGCGGGAAGAUACUGCGAAAAUGGUUUGAGCCUUCCCAGUUUGGGACUUGGUGGGCAGUCCUGUCUACAAGCAUGAACUUGGCUGGAGGCUUAGGCCCCAUUGUCGCUGCUCUCGUGUCUCUGAACUACGACUGGCGCAUGACUUUGUCCUUCUCUGGCUUCAUCUGCGUGGUUGUCUCUUUUGUUUGCCUUGUCCUGAUUAAAAACGAGCCGUCGGAUGUUGGGCUACCCAACGUUGAACAAGGACCCAAGAAAGGGAAGAAAGCUUCCUCCAGCGACAAUAGUACUUUGACAGAGCUGCUGCUCUCACCGUACCUCUGGGUGCUCUCAACAGGCUACCUGGUCGUUUUUGGAGUGAAAACGUGCUGUACUGACUGGGGACAGCUUUUCCUGAUCCAGGAGAGGGGACAGUCCGUGCUUGUGGGUAGUUCCUACAUGAGUGCCUUGGAGAUUGGGGGUCUGGUGGGAAGCAUUGCUGCUGGAUACCUUUCUGACAGAGCGGUAGCAAGAGUGGGUCUGUCAAGCUACGGGAAUCCUCGGCACGCGCUGCUGCUUUCCAUGAUGGCCGGGAUGUGCGUGUCCAUGUUUCUCUUCCGCGUCACGGUCACGGGCGAUUCUCCCAAGGAAAAUCACUUCUGGACUGUAGCCUUGCAACCUCUAGCUGAUCUUACAGGCCUAAAAGAACAUGAGCUGUGGAUCCUGACUCUGGGAGCUGUGUUUGGGUUCUCCUCAUACGGGCCGAUCGCCCUGUUUGGGGUUAUAGCCAACGAAAGUGCCCCUGCCAACCUGUGUGGCACCUCCCACGCCAUAGUGGCCCUCAUGGCCAACGUUGGGGGUUUUCUGGCUGGACUACCCUUCAGUACCAUUGCCAAGCACUACAGCUGGGCCACAGCCUUCUGGGUAGCCGAAAUCACCUGUACCAGUAGCACGGUGGCUUUCUUCUUACUGCGGAACAUCCGCACCAAGAUGGGCCGGAUUCCCAGGAAGGCUGACUGAGGAUAAGCCGCUUGGUGAAAAGGAUGCUCCCACACCACCGUGAACAAUGCUCAGUUUUUGUUUAACUGGCCUAGGAGCGAGUUUACCUAUUGCUGCAACCUAGAUAAAAAUGUCUCAAUUUCUCGUCCACUGUCACGUGCCUGAGGGCACAAGGUUCCUGCUACCGAUCACUUUUUCCCUCGAGAUGUGAUAAUUCAGCUAGUUUACAUUUGCAA